GCUGCGCAUGCCAAUAACUCGUGAUGUCUAACAGGCAUGUCGCUCGAACUGAUAUAGCAGAGAUGGGAAGAGCUGCAGAGGAAAUUGAAAUCCAGAGGACCGCUAGCAGACAGCUUAUUCAAGAGGGCCGACUAAUUCGCUCCAAGGAACUGGAAAGACGGCGAAAUGAAGAAGAGUAUGACAGCUCUACUAAGGGGGAGCCCAACAACAACUCUCGCUUCAGUAGUCAGCGUUCGUCUAUGGAGACGAUGUCCAGUGGAGGCUCCAUCUCCCGUAUCAUGGACGCACGUGAACUGAGAUCCCACGCUCUGCAGUUGGAAGAAAAAUUUAAAGGAGCCAUGAUGGCUAAUGUUCAGCUAGAUAAUGACAAACAAUUGUUAAGGUAUGAGGUGGACCUAUUAAAAGACAAGUUGGAGGACCUUCGCGACUCCAAUGCAUCUUUGCACAAGGCGUUUUUGGAGAAAAAGCGCGAUUUGGCUUAUCAUCGAAUGCAAGUCGCAGAAUUGAAUCACCGAUUAGAAUUCACUCGUAAACAGAUAGAGGCUCGCGAUCAACUCUUAGUUGAGCACAAUUUGAUUCUCCUGGGUGCUACCAGUUUGGACGCAAUUCCUCCAUUGACAUCUGAGCAGCUCUCCACAUUAACACCACACGAUGAACAAGUAGAAUCUGGGGCUGACAACCUGAAGACACGUGAUCGAUUAACAAACGGCUUAACUCAUACUUCACACCAAAAACAGGUGAACGGCCCUUCCGAUAGGGAUGACAGACCGCCAAUGGCACUUAUCUCAAAAAAAGCACUGGAACUUCUUGGUACUCUUUCGGAACCCACUCUCGAUUCCCAAAUUAUUUAUUUGUUCACCAACCGCAAGGAGUUGCUUUCACGUAUUGAAACACUGGAGGCGGAUCUGGAAGAAUACAGGAAAUCGUCCGAGAUUUCUAAUCGAUAUGAUUCCCGCACUCGACAUAAUGGUCCGGAUCAGUCCGACUUGAAGCAAGAACUACAAAAUGUUCGCUCUCAAGCCCAGGAUUUCAAGUUCAAGCUAAGAGAGGCGCUUCAGAAAAAUUCCUCUCUGGAGACCGACAUACUUCGUUUAGAAGGUCAACUUAAGCGUUACAAAGCCUUUGCGGAUUCGUGUUCACAGCAAGAAGCUGAGCUUAGACAAGAGCGCCGCAAAUACCAGCUCGAGUUACGUGAAGCUCAGACACAGCUGGAAGACUACAAGGCGGAGAACGCCCGGCUCCUACGCAAGCUGGACAAGUUGAGCCGUUCUUCAGUUGCCCCGACCAGUUGAUUGACGUCUGGCUCCGGCUCCAUUCUGCACCUUUCAAGAAAACUGUUGCAUUGUUAUCGAUGUUUGCAGCUUCGAUACAUCCGCUCAACUCAAGCGCACAUCACAUUCAACCAGCUGAUGACUGCAUGCAUACGUCUCUGCCCGGUCGUUACACAGCGCACACCUCGCCCCUAGUUAAUGUGCUCUACACCAUUGUGUAUUGAGCGCUUUAACCGAUAUUGAUCCCCCUAUGACCGUUCCAAACUUUUCGGGACCGCUAGCCAUCACAUUUUCGGAUUGAUUUACCCCAUAUUGACAUUUCUUUGUAAUUUAUGUUCAGGAUCAUUUUCUUUUGCAGACAAACCGACAAGGUUGUCACCCCGCUUAUUUCGUCGACGUCUACUCUUCUGAAUCAUGUACCCACUGUCACGACCACUCAGAUCCUAUGGUUUCACUUGUCCUUGUGCUUAUUGUGGGGUCAUGCCCUCUUCUGUUGCGAGUCCAUCAUCGGUUAUCUCCCACGCCUCAGUUCCUUGCCAGUGCGUUGCAUUUGUCAGUCGACUCACUCUUUCUCUGAUGUAUUCCAGCCCAUCUUGUCCCAAACGAUACACACUUUGUACAGACACCAAAGCAGCAGCCGAAUCGGAUUUGUCUCAUAUGGCCUUUCACCCCUCUUUGCGAACCAACGAAGCGUUCAUCUUGCUCACAUGCGUCUCAGUUGCUUUUGUUUUCUUUGCACUUUGUUAAAUCCUGUCUACCAGCACCAUUAACAGGGGCGCACUGGGCUUUCAGAUACUAACCAAUAGACUGUAGUGUGCUCCUCCCUUGGUGUCGACGUCUGUCGUGACAUAAGUUCCACAGUUAUCUUCUAUCCGGUCGACCACCACAGCUAACCGCUCUUUUGCCACUACCGCGUGCCUCAUUUAUACUUCACCCAACAUUCACACCUGGACCCCGUGCGUAAUUCCAUUUCGCGAUUGGAUACAAUUCUUUGGCAUCCUGCGUACGUCAGCUGUCACCUCGACUGCCAGUCUUCGCUUUUCAUCUGACGCAAACACCAGCGAACGCAUUGCACAGUAUUCUGUGUUCCUUAUGCCUUCUUCGCUGUGUUUGUAAGCGUGUGUUGUUUGUAGUCGCAAAUGGAAAGUGAGGAAUAUCGUUUGAGAGAAGAAAUUCGAAGGAAAUCGCCAACUACCCUAGUUCAAUUCACGUAUGUAUAAAUGGCACCGAGCCAACCACUUCUAGACAAUAUAGUUAUUGAGG